CUUCGGUCUCCGUCGCUGGAGAAGGGACUGGGUGGAGCUUUCCAGAUCCGUCGCCGCCAAUCGCCACGCAUGGAGAGCCGCAAUUCGAAUAACGCUCCAAAGUUUGAUAUCGUCGGCGAACUUGGUGAUACCGCAAUCCAGUUCUCUGACGCAAUCGUUGAUGUAAAUCAUGAACACGAUAGGGCCAAGAACGGAGCCUUGGAGAACACCACUCCCAACCGCAACCUUGGCUGUCUCGUUGUUGCUAGUGUGGACAGUUUGCGAGCGGCCCAUUAG